AUGGCCUCCAGUUCCGCUGCCCCUUGGGCAAAAGAUACCUCCGAGAAUUCGUUCGGGCCCGUUAGUCACCUGAGGCCAUUUGACUUUACUAUCACCUUCGAGCAGGCUAUACUGUCGAUCAUUCCUUCGGCGAUCCUGCUACUAGCUGGACCACUACGACUAUUCCAUCUGUCUCGUUGUCAACGAAAGACGCGAUCCGAACAUGACUAUUUCUUGAAGUUGGUUGCCGCUUCAAUUAAUUUCGCCCUUCAACUGUGCCUCCUGGUGCUGUGGAGCAUAUCAGUUGCCUCUCGGACGUCGACUAGUAUCCCCUCUGCUGCUCUAGGCCUCGCUAAUUCCACCAUUGUCAUUGGGCUUUCCUAUGUCGAAGACAUAAAAUCAACAAGACCCUCUUCUCUGUUGACUGUGUAUCUGCUUCUCUCAGUUCUGUUCGAUGCGACACAGAUUCGAACACUAUGGCUUACACAUCGGGUCGCCAUUGCAGCCGUGCAGAGUGCAAUCCUUGGGACAAAACUCGCUAUGCUCUUAUUGGAGACCCGAGAGAAAACUUCUUAUCUGAAGUCCCCCUACAAAGAGUAUCCGCCGGAGGCAACCUGUGGCAUUGUUAAUCUGAGCUUUGUCUGGUGGCUGAAUCGGCUCUUUUUGACUGGGUGUCGGAAGAUCAUUGGGAGUGGGGAUCUUUUUGCCCUCGAGCCUGGUCUUAGCUCUGGUAAAGCAGGGAACACCUUUUCCUUGCCUUGGGCCUUUGUCUGCUGUUUCUGGUUGGAAUUCCUGGCCGUGGCCUUUCCUCGAGUGUGUAUGAUUGGGUUCAACUUUGCCCAACCAUUCAUGAUCACGGCAGUUCUGGUUUACAUAGAGAACCCGAUCACACCAGAGAGCUUGAAUCGUGGAUAUGGCCUUAUCGGAGCCACUUUCUUGAUUUACCUUGGGUUAGCGUUGUCUAAUGUUCACUACAGACAUCGCUUCUCCAGAGUGAGCACUUUGUUCCGUGGCACAAUGAUAUCAUUGAUCCACGACAGGACCUUAACACUUCAGGCCGACCUCUUUGCGGAAAGUGCAGCUCUUACGUUGAUGAGUACAGGUGAGUUCGAGGUGUACUUUCGCUUGUCUGAGAACAUGAAAGAGAAAGCUCGGUUUAAUAAUUGGUUCCAAAAAGACAUCGACGGCAUCGUUGAGCAUCUGGAAAACUUCAAUGACGUAUGGGCUCGCACGAUUGAAGUGGCAGUCGGUACAUGGCUACUUGAACGACAAGUGGGUGCAACUUGUGUGGUUCCAUUGAUUCUGACUCUAGCAUGUCUGGGUGGUCAGAAGCUGGUGGCGAAGACGAUAGGAAAGAACCAGCAAAAUUGGAACCUUGAAAUCCAGAAGAGGAUUCAGAAUACAUCCUCUGUACUGGGUUCUAUCAAAGCUACUAAGAUUUCAGGGUUCUCUGGCAAACUAUCCCAGGCCCUCCAGGGGCACCGCGAACGAGAACUCUUUGUAUCUCGCGCUUUUUUCAAGGCAAGUCUGCCUCGGAUAUGGUCGCCUGUCAUCACCUUCAUUGUGUACGCUGUACAAGCACAAAUUAGGGCUGACGACUCCCUCACUACCGUGAAAGCCUUCACUGCUCUGAGUAUUAUCACCCUCGUCACUACGCCCGCAGAAAAAUUACUCGCUGUCUUACCCCAGCUAGCGGCUGCAAUGGGAUGUUUCCAGCGCAUCCACGAAUACAUGGUAUCUGAACCGAUGAAAGACAGCCGCAUUGGGAAGAAAAAUCUUGCACUGUUUACUUCAGACAAGACCGAGCCGGAGGUUGCCAUAGCCUUGGAUAGCGUUACUGUCUUCCCUUCAGAAAAGGCUACAUCUACCGCCCUUACUGACGUGUCUUUCAAAGUCACCAGUGGCAGCCUGGUGAUUGUUAUUGGGCCUGUUGGCUCAGGUAAAACUACAUUGCUAAAGACCAUCAUAGGGGAGCUUGGUUGUCUAUCGGGUGCCGUGUCUAUCAGAUCGACCAGAGGAUCCUAUUGCAGCCAGAAUCCAUGGCUGCUUAAUACAACAAUCAAGAAAAGCAUAACUGGUAUCUCGGACCACGAAGUCGAUGAGAAGUGGUACAAAACUGUCAUAUAUUCAUGCUGCUUGGAUGAGGAUAUUCGUCGUUGGCCUGACGGUGACCAAAGUGAGAUUGGAAGUAAGGGUCUUGCACUUUCGGGAGGUCAAAAACAGAGAGUAGCUCUGGCUCGUUCGGUGUACAGUCGCCACGAUAUAGCCUUGCUCGACGAUGUCAUGAGUGCGCUGGAUGCGGAAACGCAAGAAAUAAUCAUUCAACGACUUCUCUCCCGGGAUGGGAUAUUUCGCCAGCUGGGGACAACUGUGGUUUUGACCACUCACAAUUCUCGACUCCUUGGAAUCGCAGAUAGUGUGGUCUCGCUCACUUCGGAUGGUCGAGUCGACCUUCAAACAACAGGCAGUGAGGCCAUUCGCAAUACAAAUUUCUGGCAGGCUAGACGAUAUUCGGAUGGGAAAAUCCAGGAUGACCUUAAUGACAAACCCAAUGAUCAUUCAAACACAAUGGCUUCAAACUCCGACCCCGUCAGUGAGAACGAAAAUAUGGAUCGAACUCGGCAAAUCGGAGAUCUAUCAGUAUAUUUUUACUACGCACGAACAGUGGGUCCAGUUCUUUGCGGUGUGUUUCUUGUUGGACAUGUUCUCUUAGCAUUCGCCGAGAACUUUCCUCAAGUGUGGUUGAGCAAAUGGACCACGGCAGGAGGCGAACAGCUUCCUCUCUAUCUAUCUGUUUAUGCGGUCUUGGCACUCGCAGCAUCACUUCUUACCAUUUGGUGCAUAUGGGUUGUCUUUCUUAAGCUGAUGCCGAAGUCCGCCAUUCGUUUGCACUGGUUGCUUUUGGACACGACAAUGAAAGCACCACUAUCCUUCUUCUCCGCCACUGAUAAUGGCGUGACUCUGAAUCGCUUUAGUCAAGAUAUGACCCUGGUGGAUUUGGCCCUUCCUAUUGCGUUAAUGUCUUCCGCUGAGUCGUUUUUCGGAUGUAUUGCUACCAUUGGUCUAAUCGCCACCGGGUCUCCUUUUAUGGCAACAACAAUACCGAUUACACUGAUCGUACUCUAUUUCUUGCAAAAGAUUUAUCUGAAGACGAGUCGCCAACUACGAUAUCUUGAUCUCGAGUCUAGAAGCCCAUUGUACUCACACUUUGCCGAGGUCCUCGAAGGUCUGCCGACAAUUCGGGCCUUUGGCUGGCAAGACGCCUCAUCAAAAAUUCUAACUCAGCAUCUUGACCGGUCUCAAACGCCGUACUAUAUGCUACUUUGCGCACAGAGAUGGUUGAACUUGGUCUUGGACAUCGUGGUGAUGGCAUUAGCAACCGUUGUGGUAACACUAGCCGUCAUGCUGCGUAGCAGCACAGAUUCGAGCCUCCUUGGCGUCGCGCUGAACAAUAUCCUUGGAUUCAACCAAAUGUUGUCAUACUUCAUCACAUCAUGGACUACUCUCGAGACCUCACUCGGAGCGAUAGCCCGUGUCAAGUCAUUUGUUGAGACAACACCAUCUGAAAACAAACUGGGUACAGCCGCAGAAUUGCCUACAUCAUGGCCCGAUAGGGGGGAUAUUGACAUACAGGGUCUCUCUCUCCGCUAUCCUGAUGGAACUCUGGCUCUGGAUAACAUCUCUAUGCACAUAUGCCCGGGCGAGAAGAUCGGUAUUUGCGGCCGCACUGGCAGCGGGAAAAGCUCCCUCACACUAGCCAUGCUGCGCCUUGUAGACUUCUCGCAUGGCAAUAUCACAGUCGAUCAUACUGACAUUUCCAAGAUCGCUCCCGCCUCAAUCCAAGAGCGGCUGAUAGCCGUGCCGCAGGACUCGUUCACGCUUCUGGGAUCCAUCCGCUAUAAUGCAGACAUUAUGGGACUCUCCAGCGACAGCGAGAUUACAUCUGUGCUGAAGCAGAUCGGCGUUUGGGCAGCGAUUGAAAGCCGUGGGGGCCUGGACGCACUCCUUGAGGACCAUUCACUGUCGCAAGGAGAGCAGCAGCUCUUCUGUCUGGCACGGGCAAUUCUUAAAAGGCAAACCAAUAACGGUGGAUGUCAGGUGCUAAUCCUGGAUGAAGCCACGAGCAGCCUUGAUGCGCAAACAGACCGGCGAGUGCAGAAAGUCAUGAGAGAUGCUUUCUGUGGCUGCACUGUUUUCAGCGUCGCUCAUAGACUUGACACAAUCAUAGAUUUUGAUCGAAUUGCAGUAUUGGAUGCUGGAUGUCUUGUUGAGUUGGAUACUCCACAAAACCUUCUCGCUAGAGAGGGUUUAUUCAAGCAGAUGUACUAUGGUACAGACACACAAGAACUUUAG